AAGCGAGAGAGAGAGAGAGAGAGAGAGAGAGAGAGAGAGAGCGCUCAGAAGGAAACGUGGAGGGAGAUAAAGCGGUGAGACAAAAGGAAAUGGAGGGAGCAGCCGCAGCCGCAGCAGAAGGGCGGCAUCCUCUCAAACCCCAUCCUCGUUUCAAUAACCGUAACAGCUGGAAACAUAAGCUGAGAGAGAACUGUUACAAAAGGGUUCGAGAAGACAGAAUGCGGUUGCUUUGGAAGAUGAGAAUGCUGCCCACUCCACAAAUUCUCAAUCACAUUCCAAAUGAUUUGAUCAAAUCUGCAUUCCAGGACAUAGUUUCUGCUGAAUUGGAAAAAAUUAAGGAAUCGUCAUUGGAUGAAAAUGUAAGAAGUUCAACAUCUGUCCCUGAGGCCAAUGAUAUGUUAUGGGAAUACGAUGGCCUUACAAAUGUAUACCAAGGUGAUUGUGAAGAGAUAUUGUUAGAAAUGCAAAGGAUCUUUUAUGAAGACCUGACUAUUCAUCCAACUAGAAAAGAAGGUGAAAAACCCUUUGCAGAAACUGAAAUCUGUGUUGAAACAUGGGAAGAUGAAGAGGAUGAGUAUUUGUCCCAGGCAGUUUAUGAGCAUAUGCAACUGAACGACAAGCAGAUGCACAAGGAGGAAGUUUGGUGCCCCGUCUGUAAGCACGGAGUACUACAAGAGAAUUACAAUCGAAUAUACUGCACUCUAUGCAAGGUUCAGCUCAACAAAGGCAAUGAGGUUAAUUUGGAAAUAUUGCGGGGCAGGCUAGCAGAAGUUCACACAGAGCAUCUGGAUCGUGGCUGCAAAUUGAAACCCAAGUUUCGCAUUGAGAUCAGAUUUAAUAUAACUGCACUCUAGCGCGUACUGUUUCCAUAGGGAAAACCGUGGGUUUUCUAAAUUCAAGAGGAAACAAGAAAUGAAACUUGCAGGCUUCUAGAACUUGAAUCCAGUUGGAGGAGUAACCCAAAGCCAAUCGAAUUCAAUGCAUAACAUAAAACUUAGUCCCAAUUGUAUUGUUUGUCAUGGUAACAAGCAUCUUGAAAACUAUUGUCACUUGUCAGGUGGUAGUGGCUGUAAAGAUAUAUAUGCAUGAACAAAUAUCACAUGCAAUGCCAGGUUGCACAUAAGGAUUUCAUCGUCCAUAAAAACA